UUAUUUUGAAUUAGAAGGAGUACUAUGUUCAGUGCUUGUAUUUCUUCUCUUCUAUUAUAUAGUAGUGAAAAGUCAUCAAAGAGAAGCAAGAGUUGAACAGGCACAAUAGAAGAAACACCCAAUCAAAGAGCUUGCUAUCUUUGUUGUGUAUAAAGAAGAAAAAAGGAAAACGGAGAUGGUAGUGACCAGCUUGGUGAAGCUCCAAUGGGUUUUGUGUUUAAAGAAGAAAAAAGGAAAUAGAGUUGAAGAAAAAGGGAUGGCACGGUCACACUCCAUUGGCAUUACUUCAACAGAUGACCAAAUUCCACUGCUUCCUCAAACUAAAAAAAAAAAGAUAGAAAAAGGGAGAAUGGUGGAUCAUUUGAUCGACAUGAAAGAAACAAGUGAUCAAGAUCCAUCAGGGUCGCAAACAAAUGAAUCUGCAAAUCAAAUUUGUGAUAAAAUGUUUCUGCAUUUAGACAAUUUAUCUAUAAAAUCACCUACCAUAUUCAAAGUUAAUGUGGGGCUACGUGAAUCAAAUCCAGAUGCUUAUACACCAAAGAUGGUCUCUAUUGGUCCUUACCAUAAGAAAGAUUCUCAACUUUGGCAAAUGGAAAAGUACAAGGUAUUUUACCUACGAAGGUUUCUUCAACGGAAAAAGGAGCUUGGUGUGGAAAGUUGCAUCAGUGAAUUAAUGGAAUUGAAAGAGGAAGCACUAAAGUGUUAUGAUGAUAUAGAAAACUAUGGUCAUGACAUGAAUAAGAUUUUGUCUACUGGGUCUGAUAAUAUAGGAGUGCUCAAUUAUUACAUUAGUCGUAUUGCUGAUCGAUGCAUUGCUGAUCGAUUCUUGCAAAUGUUGUUGCUUGAUGGUUGUUUUGUGGUUGAGUUUGUUCGAGAGCUACAUGAAGAGUAUCCCCAAGAAGAUAAAAUUAUCAAUACUAAUGUUGGUUGCAUACGUGAUCAAGUGACUCGAGACUUGAUGUUACUAGAAAAUCAACUUCCCUUCUUUGUCCUCAACAAGCUUCAUGAUAUGACAAAGAAAGAUAAUGAAUUACCAUUCGCAAUAAUGGCGAAGAGUUGCUUUCAUAUUACCUUGGCAAAAAGGAUUCCUCCGGCACUUCUAGAGAUAUAUAAUAAAGCUAAUGAAGGAAAUAUCAAACAUUUACUUCAUUUAAUACACAUGUCAUGGCAUAUUGUGUAUCCUAACACAGAUCCUGGAAAGAAAAGCUUAUGCUGCAAUCCUUUGCAAAGAUUUAGGUCCAAACAAAAGGGAAAAGAUAAGGAUUACAAGGUCAUGCCAAAUGCAACAGAGCUUUCUGGAGCUGGAGUUAGCUUCACAAAUUUCGGAAAUAAUAUUAAUAAGUCAGAUAAUAUUAAUAAGUCAGAUAACGAAGAAGGUAUUUCGGGUACAAGUUUAGUAGAGGAUAUUUUGGAUACAUGUUAUUUUGAUAUAAUGUUCGAGAAUGGACUGAUGAAAAUCCCUUGCCUUCAUCUCUUUGAUAGUACCGAGUCCAAACUGAGAAAUCUUAUUGCUUUUGAACAACAAUCUGAUAUAGAUCAUAAAUAUUUCAGUGAUUUUGCCGCUCUCAUGGAUCAGCUUAUCGACUCGGAAAAAGAUGUGAGUUUGCUUCGACAGAAUGGAAUCAUAGUGAACGAGAUAGGAGAGGACAAACAAGUGACUGAAAUCUUCAACAAAAUUGGUAAAGGGGUCUGCCCUUCAGACGGCUUUUAUGACAAAGAAGAAUACAGAAAAAUAAUUCAACAUUGUGAAAAACCAUGGAACAAAAUGAAGGCAAAUUUGAUCCACAACUAUUUUAGUAGUCCUUGGGUAGGAGCUUCAACUGUGGCAGCUAUUAUACUCCUCAUACUCACAACUAUCCAAACUAUUCUAGCUUUCACAGGUAGCGUUACGUAGGUAGUAAUUGUUUUUAUUAUCAUGAAAUAUUGUCUGAAUAUCUCAAUUGUAGUGUUUCUUCACAACUCCAUGCAUGUAAUUUGUAUGUGUGUUGAUGAGCUAAGGAGUUUUUCAUUAAUUCUAUUUCCCCCUUCUGUUUGUAUUGGGUUUGUAGUUGAAUGCUUAUUAGUUUAUUUCAAGUAUUUAUUGACCUUGAGGUUUAUUAA